ACUCUGUAACUAAUCAUGGAUUUGUUUACUAUAAACAGGUACCGUGAUCCAGGAGAAGAUAUAGAUUUAGUUACUCAUGAAACAAAACAGUUGCAAAAGUUAAAACAAAAAAUUGAAGAGAGGAGAAAAACACACAGUACCUUUAAGCAACAAGAUGUUAUCACGUUGAAACAGGAUACAACAGCAUCUACAAAAAGCGAUCAUUCUUUUGAUUCGAAACCUGCAAUCAGUCUACAAACCGAAGAAGACAAAGAUGAGACAGUUGACAACAAAGUUGUUAAUACUAUCCAACCGCAGAAAAAUGUGGAAAACAAACCUAAUUUUGAGUUUAAAGUCUUGGGAACAGACAGAUUUGAGAAAAAGACCAAGGUUAAAAGAGUGUUACCAUACUGGUUGUCUCAUCCCUACAGUUUAUCCACAAACUUACAGAAGUUGACUUGUGUUGUAGAUGAACAGGAUUGGUUGAAUGACACUUUAAAAACUACUCUCAAAAGUGAGGGGGUCACACAUUUCUUUCCAGUUCAGGAGCAAGUCAUUCCUUUUAUUAUUAAGGAAAAUAGAUUGCCUCAUCCAUUCUGGCCGCAUGAUGUUUGCGUCUCAGCUCCAACGGGGAGUGGUAAAACACUAGCCUUUGUUUUACCAAUUAUUCAGGUUUUAAUGAACAGUGUUGGUCACCAUGUAAGAGCAAUGAUUGUUUUACCAGUCCAAGAAUUGGCAACACAGGUGUCAAAGGUUUUCAAAAAGUAUUGCACUAAUACAGGGCUUAAAGUUGUACUUUUGAGUGCAUCAACUCCAUUACGCAAGGAACAGCAGCAAAUUGUAAAAUACACUGAGUCUGCAGGUUGGAUAAGUGAAGCUGAUAUCAUAGUUUGUACAGCAGGAAGAUUAGUGGAGCACAUCCAAAACACAGAGGGUUUCUCAUUAAAGCAUCUCAAAUUCCUUGUAAUAGACGAAGCUGACAGAAUCAUGGACCAUAUCCAAAACGACUGGUUAUACCAUUUAGAUAAGCACAUUAAGCUGGAAAAUGAGCUGAUGACAGGAAAAGUGCCCAAUUUAAACUGGAAUAGCCUGAAUGAACAGAAUCCUCCCCCUCACAAACUACUCUUCUCAGCAACACUUUCACAAGAUCCAGAAAAAUUAGAAAGAUGGGGGUUGUUCCAACCGAAACUGUUCUCUGCUGCUCCAAUAACUCAUUUAGAGGAUGAAGACAGUAUCAGAAGAUAUACCACACCAGAUGAGCUGACCGAACAAUAUGUGACCUGUGGUGCUGAAGAAAAACCACUUAUACUUUAUCAUUUCUUAGUAGAACAGAAGUGGGAUAAAGUCAUAUGCUUUACUAAUGCAGCUCAAUCUGCACAUAGGCUCUCUGUGCUUUUAGAUGUUUGGGGAAAAGGCAGUCUAAAGGUUGCUGACCUGUCUGCAGCAUUGGAUAGAUCAAACAGAGACUUGGUUCUAAAGAAGUUUACUCAAUCAGAGAUCAAUGUCUUGGUCAGCACUGACGCCUUAGCUAGAGGUAUAGACAUUCCCUCCUGUGACUAUGUCGUGUCGUACGAUCCCCCGCGGAACAUCAAAACGUACAUACACAGAGUAGGCCGCACGGGACGAGCUGGCCGGAUAGGCCAUGCUGUUACUAUCCUACAACACAAUCAAAUGAAUUUGUUCAAGGAGCUACUACAGUCUGGAGGAAAAUCGGAACUAAAGCAAAUACAAAUUGAACCUGAUGUUUUCGAUCGCCUUUCUUCUGAUUACCAAUAUGCAAUUGAGGAAACCAAGAAUGUAAUCAAUACAGAAAUAUCAACUAAGGUUAAAAAAUCGGUGGCAAUAAAGAAAGGUUGUAAGAAAAGGAAACACGAAUAAAUAUUUCUUACUUUUAAAAAA